AUGUCAACUUACCACAAAGGUGAGAAAAUCUCUGAUUACUAUAAGAUUGAAGAGGAGCUCGGAAGAGGUUCAUUCGCUAUUGUCAGAAGCGCAAUUAACAAGAAGACUGGUGAGAAAGUUGCCAUCAAGAUCAUCGAUAGAUAAUCACUUGAGGAAGAGGAUGAAAUCGCCUUAUAGACUGAGGUUGAUAUCCUAUCACAGAUUGAUCACCCAAAUGUAGUGAAGUUAUAUGAGAUAUUCGACGAUAAAGAUUGCAUGUAUCUUGUAUUAGAAUUGAUGACUGGAGGAGAGCUAUUCGAUAGAAUCGUAGAAAAGGAGCAUUACUCAGAGAUGGAAGCUGCUGAGACCAUCAAACCCAUCGUUGAUGCCAUUAGAUAUUGCCAUAAUAUGGGAAUUAUUCACAGAGAUUUAAAGCCAGAGAAUUUACUCUAUGGUUCAAGAGAUUAGGCAUCUAUUAUCAAGAUUGCAGAUUUCGGUCUUGCAAGAUUCUUGCAGGGAGAAUUAGCAACAACUGCCUGUGGUACCCCAGGUUACGUCGCUCCUGAAAUUCUUGAAGGCAGAGGCUAUGGUAAAGAGGUAGAUUACUGGAGUAUUGGAGUCAUCCUCUAUAUCUUGUAAGUAUUAAACAACCCUAUAUAAAUAUAUUAAUUUAUUACAUGCAGACUUUGCGGUUUCCCACCCUUUUACGAUGAGAACAACCAAAAACUAUUCGACACAAUCAAAAAUGUUUAGUUUGACUUUCCAUCCCCCUAUUGGGAUGAUGUGUCUGAAGUUGCUAAGGACCUCAUCAAAUCCCUUCUUGUUAAGGAGCCAAGCUUAAGACUAAAUGCUGAGUAGCUCCUCUCUCACCCCUGGAUUAUAGGUGAUGGUACACCAAGAAAGUAACUUCCCAACGUUACACAACAAAUCAAAGAAUUCAAUACUAGAAGAAGAUUCAAGGUAAGUGAUCACUUCAUUUAACCAACUAUUUUUCAAAUUAAAAUACAAACCAAUGGAUUCAAAUCUUAAUUUCAAUUAUAGAGAGCAACCUACUUAGUCAUGGCUGCCAAUAGAUUCUCAAACAUCCUUAAGCUAAAGUGA